UUAAUUUUAUAUGUGAAUUUUAAUGAGUAACUUCUGUCUGGUAUGUAUUGCUUGGAUUCUAUAAAUGCUUUUUUGGUUGUUUCACAGUGCUGCAGUUUGAGCUAGGACUGCAAGAAUACAAUAUAUUUAUGCGAGUAAAAUAUCCUUUCUAUAUGAGUAUAAAAGCUGAUUGUUUAGCUCUUAAAUAAGAGAGCUAUAUGUAUUCAGAUGGUGCUUAUUUUAAACUUUUAACGUUUUCCCCAGGUUUAAGUUUAUUUUAUCGUACAAGUCCCUCACUGCCAUAAUGCGACUAGUAAUCCUUGAAGACUAUGAUCAGGCUAGUGAAUGGGCAGCAAAAUACAUCUGUAAUCGUAUUAUUCAGUUCAAGCCAAGUCAAGGAAGAUAUUUCACACUCGGUCUCCCAACAGGGAGUACGCCUUUGGGAUGCUACAAGAAGCUGAUAGAAUAUCACAAGAAUGGAGAUCUCUCUUUCAAAUAUGUAAAGACUUUCAAUAUGGAUGAAUAUGUGGGGCUUCCCAGAAAUCAUCCAGAGAGUUACCAUUCUUAUAUGUGGAAUAACUUCUUUAAACAUAUUGACAUAGAUCCAAAUAAUGCUCACAUCCUUGAUGGAAACGCUCCGGAUCUACAGGCAGAAUGUGAUGCAUUUGAAAAGAAAAUUGAAGAAGCUGGGGGGAUUGAUCUGUUUGUUGGAGGCAUUGGUCCAGAUGGCCACAUUGCAUUCAAUGAACCAGGAUCAAGUUUGUCUUCAAGAACAAGAUUAAAGACUUUAGCAAUGGACACCAUUUUGGCAAAUGCUAAAUACUUUGAUGGAGACUUAUCUAAAGUACCAACUAUGGCGCUAACAGUUGGUGUGGGUACAGUGAUGGAUGCUAGAGAAGUGAUGAUUCUUAUAACAGGUGCACAUAAAGCUUUUGCACUGUACAAAGCAAUUGAAGAAGGGGUCAAUCAUAUGUGGACAGUUUCUGCUUUCCAGCAGCACCCUCGCACUAUCUUUGUAUGUGAUGAAGAUGCUACUUUAGAACUAAGAGUUAAAACUGUAAAGUACUUUAAAGGUUUAAUGCAUGUGCACAAUAAACUUGUGGACCCACUGUACAGUAUGAAAGAAAACUGAAAGAAGAAUUGAGGAGGAAGUCCAUGUGGGUGAACAACAACGUUUUUUAGGUAGCAGAUGAAUUUACUGCUAUGCAAUAUGCUGAAAACUGGCUAAAAUGGGGAAUCCUAGGUACUGUAUUUUUUUAAAAGGUCCAAUAUCUGUACAUUGACAUUCCAUAUCUAUUUGGUGUUGUACAUUCUGUUUUAACGUUUGGAGCUCUGUCUUUAGCUGUUACAGUAACUAUGUGGAACAGAACAAACCUAUUGCAGACUCUGUAUGUUGGGGGGUGGAAGCAGCAGAGUACUCAUUACAUUGCUGUAAAUGUCUGUGUUAAGGAAUGAUGCUUUAUUUCCAAGCAUUUGUACUUUUUGGCUUCAUUAGUGCAAUUAUACUUUGCAUUUGUGUCUCUAGGCAGAAUGGUUUUGCCCUUUGUCAAUACUAUUGAUGUGUAACAGUUGCACAACUUUUACUAUGAAAUGUUCUGUUUACAUAUAUCAAAUGCACACUGAGCUUUUGCACUUGGUUGCCUUAAAUUUAUCUUGUACAAACAGUUUUGGGGCAUCUCAAGUCCUACUGUACAAUUCAGGCAAAUAAGACUUCAAAACAGUGCCUAAAAAUGCACCCAAUCCUUCAAAGUGAUGUAACAACCUACUCCAGCUACAAACAUUAAACUUCUGCUGUGGCACUUUUUCUUCUCAUGUAUUCCAAAUUACUUUAGGAUUUUUAUAUUUUUGGUAAUUGAGCUUUAUACAUAAGAAAUUUAAAUGCUCCUUUCUGGAGAUAAACAUGUAUCACUGAUGUUCCUAUUAUUAAAUGCCUGCAAAGAGGUUAAUUUACAGAAGAUCAGUGUCUGCAAGUUUAAAUGAUCAUGCAUUAAAAACAAUUGUUACCUGUACCACUUUGCAAUAGUUGCUUCUCCUUGUGUCACUGUAAACAUUGAAUUGUUACAAGAAAUCCUACUUGUAUUAAAAGUAGGAAGUAAAACUUAACUGUCUUGACAUGAUAGAUUUAUAUUUGUUUCUAAUGUAAGUUAUAAGGACUAAAUACUUCUGGGUUUCAUGGAAAGGUUUACUUAGCUUUGCUUCCUCUUUUACAUAAGUAGUUAAGAGCCUACUGAUCUAGGUGUAUUAUAGAAACUGACUACAUUAUGUUGGAUCAGCUGAAAAGAAUAUUCCUAAUUGCAUAAACAUUGUGAACAAAUAAAUAUGAGGUAAAGUUACUUGUAUUGUA